GGGGGUUUCACGGGGGCACCGGGGGCUGUGCUCGGGGUUUCACGGGGCUCGCCCUCGGCUCGCGGCCGGAGCUCUCUGAGGGCGGGGGUCCCCGCACCUCCCGCGCGUGAAGGGGGCGUUCUGCGGGCUGGGGACGCCGCAACCCCGCCGGGGGGGCUCCGCAAUGCCCCGUGCGUUGUGCGGGGGUCCCUUGGGGGGGUCUGCACCGGUCCCCGGGGUCUCGGGGGUCUCUGGGGGUCUCCGGGGGUCUCUGGGGAUCUCCGGGGGUCUCUGCGGACCCCUCUGGGGGGCCGAGGGGGAGGGCGGUGGGCCCGCCCCAUGUCACGUGACACGAGCCAACAUGGCGGCGCCCAUGGGACCGGAAGCGGAAGUGGCUAAGCAGAGGCACGGCGGGGCAGCUGCCACGGCGCCGGGGCCCGGGGGCCCCCCUGAGCCCCCUCCCCACCAUGCUCCUGCUGCCCUGCUCUGCCCUCGCCCUCCUCCUGCUCAGCUGCCUGGCUCUGGAGCCGCCCCCGCGCCGCCCGCCGCCCUCCAACCCCGCGUUCCGCGGCUUCCAGCGGCGCUUCCUGCUGGGCUACCUGCCGGCACUGGCGGCCGACUGGCUGCAGGGCCCGCUGCUCUUCCAGCUGCUGCACGGCCGCGGCUUCCUGCGCAGCCAGAUCGCCGCCCUCUACUCCUGCGGCUUCGCCUCCAACGUGGCCUUCGGCCUCGUCGCCGGGCUCUUCGUGGACCGCCUGGGCCGCAAGAAGUCCUGCGUGCUGUCCUCGGGGCUGUGCUCGGCGUGCUGCCUGCUGCAGCUCUCCCACGACUUCCUGGCGCUGGCGGCCGCCCGGGUGCUGGCGGGGCUCGGCACCUCGCUGCUCUUCUCCGCCUUCGAGUCCUGGUACGUGCACGAGCACCUGGAGCGCCACGACUUCCCGGCCGAGUGGAUUGCCGACACCUUCUCCCGCGUGGCGCUCUGCAGCGGCGGCCUGGCCGUGGCGGCCGGCCUGCUGGCCCAGCUGCUGGCCCAGGGGCUGGCGCUGGGCCCCGUGGCCCCCUUCCUGGCGGCGCUGCCCUUCCUGGCUCUCUCGGGGAUCUUCGCCGGGAAAAACUGGGAUGAGAACUACGGGAAGAGCCGGGCCUGCGGCAAGGCCUGCGGGGAGGGCCUGCGGGGCCUCGCCUCCGAGCCCCGGGCGCUGCUGCUGGGGCUGGUGCAGGCCCUGGUGGAGAGCAUCCUGCUCCUCUUCGCCUUCCUGUGGACGCCCGUCCUGGAGCCGCACGGGAUCCCGCUGGGAAUCGCCUUCUCGGGGUUCACGGCCGCCGGCGCCGCGGGCUCGGCGCUGUUCCGGCGCGGCGUCGCCGGGAGGCUGCAGCCGCUGCGCCUGCUGCCCGGCUCCGUGCUGCUGCUGGCGCUGGCCCUGCUGCUGCUGGCCCUGCCGCUGGACGCCGCCGGCGACUUCCUGGCCGUGCUGCUGCUGCAGCUCUCCUGCGGCAUCUGCUUCCCGGCCGUGGCGUUCCUGCGGCGGCGGCUGGAGCGCGGCGGGGACGCGGCGGGGGCGGCGCGGUGGCUGCGGCUGCCCCUGGGCCUGGCGGUGGCGCUGGCGCUGCCCGCCCUGCCCGGGGACCCCGCGGGGACACGGGCCGUGUUCGGGGCCGCCGCCCUGGCCGCGCUGGUGGCGCUGGGGGCAGCCGGGGGCGUCCUGGGCACCGGCCGUGGGGACGAGGGGCUGAGGGUGGGGGACGAGGGGCUGCUCGAGGGGGACACUGGAGAGUGACACUGGGACACUGGGACAGCUCAGCAGCGACACCUGGCUGUGGUGGGGACCCUGGGACAGUGUGAGGUGUGACAGGAGCACUGCCUGGGACAGCGACACUGGGACAGCUCGAUGGGGACACCGGGGUGG